GUGGGUUCAGUGGAGGGGUUGGCGUACCACCGUGCCUGGGACACUCUGUACUGGACCAGCUCUACCACCUCCAGCAUCACCAGACACAGUGUGGACCAGAGCCGGCCCGUGGCCUUCAGCAGACAGGCUGUGGUCACACUCUCUGAAGACGACCACCCCCAUGUCCUCGCCCUGGACGAGUGCCAAAAGUAUGUGGUUCUGAUUCUACUAAGUCUCGCACAAAUUCUGACAUCAUUAAAAACAAGAGACUAGCCUGGUCCCAGAUGUGUUUGUGUUGUCUUGCCAACUGCCAUGUUUAUUGUUAAAACAUAGGAGUUGGCAAGACAGCACAAACACAUCUGGAACCAGGCUAGUCUCUUGUUUUUAAUGAUGUCAGAAUUUGUAUGGAACACAAAUGUAGUUCAUUAGCUACUACUUCAGAUGCAGUAUGUAAUUAUAUGCCUGAAGCUAUGGUUGUAUAUGCUCAACAGAUAUAUAACAGAUAUACAUAUUGGUAGCAUUAAAACACAAGACAUGCCUCCUUGGACAAAUGUAAUUGUCUUGCUGUUUAAAGACAAUUCUGUCUAACUCAUGUCACCUCUUGAAUGGAUCUCAGUGGAUUUCAUUUUGUUAGAGCAAUCAGUAGAAUUGUAUAUGACAGAUAUGCAUUCAGUUCUGUAGAGAAGAAUGUAUCCCUAUGGUGUAGUGAAGGCGAGACAUUUAAUUGGUUUGACACACUCACAUUUGAAGAAAUACUGCCUGCAGUGCUUUCACAAUAACAAACUAAUGUUCCUGUUAUAUCCAUUAAGAUAUAAAAGCAUAUCUCAAACUACAGUAAUUACGCAUGCCAAUGAGGUUCUCACAGAAUAUGACCCAGAGUUCACAAACUAAUUUAAACUCUUGACCUCAGUGGGUAUGCAUGCAGUUUGUAAUGAGGCACAUUUCCACUACAGAACGCUGCUAAUUUAAAUAUUACCUACUAUGAUGAAUAAGCACUCUCUGACAUAGUAUUCUAACUAGCCCCUAUGAAUCCUCAAGACUUUCAAUGCUGUAAACAUUGUCUACUAUAGGGAGGGUCCAGCAUAACCAUAUAUAGAACUAUCUCUAUUUUGCUCAACCUUUGCUAAGAACUUCAAAAGUAUCCGUUGUUCAUCUUUGAUCAGUACAAUACAAUACCUGGCAGUUUGAUGAGGAUAGAAUCCCUCCACUUCCUCUUCUAAGUAGUGGAUUUGUAGCUGCUGUACACUGUAAUACAAUUCACAUAUUCCUUUCAUUUAGCAGAACCUACUUCUUCAGAUAGAUAGGGAUAUUCCAUUUAUUUACAAUCCCACACGAUUAUAAUUUUCCGUAUUCUUAGUAGUCCCCUCAAAGAAAUAUGAAUGCCCAUUCCAUUCAGCAUUCAUUGAUGCUAAUCUGGUUUUUAUUAAAUGGAAAGUGAGUAGCAGAACUGAAACUGUAGCACCCACCUUAUUAGAGAUGGGAGCUGCUGUAGCUCCUGCAAGGCGACGCUAACACAGCCGACAGAGACAACAUGAGGAGCAGAUGACAAGUCAUGCAGGCCAUUGUGAGCUAUGGGAUCACGACCAGAUAGAGCAACAGGCAAUUUAAAACAGCUGCCUAUGAAUAAUUCUCACAGCUAUUAGUGUUUAUUUUCCCCUACAAAAAAAGUCAAGGAGCUUGACAAGUUACAAUUGCAGUCCUAUUAAAGCCAUCAUACACUCCCCUGAUUCAUUUUCAAAGAGCAUAUAUUUGUUUUGUCCUCUUCACCGAUGGUGGUGUAAAGAUGUCUGAGGGGAAAUGUGCAUAUAGAGAGAUAUUGAAUCUAGGUAACAUCUGUUUGCAGUGAAGGUGGAAAUUGCUUUUAGGACUUGAGAUAAUAACAGUUAUGUUUACAAGUCUUUUAUCUAUCUCUCCUGUUUCCAGUCCACGGACUCCUUUAAAACGGUUUCUCAAAUCUCCAUCUACUUAAAAGUAGGUUUUUGAAUGUCUUUUGAAUGUUUAUUUCAGCCUGAUGUUUUGGACUAACUGGAACGAGCAGCGUCCCAGUAUUAUGAGGUCCAACCUGGCAGGAAACAACAUGAAGGUGAUCGUCAGCACUGACAUCCUCACUCCUAACGGACUCACCAUCGACCACAAGGCUGAGAAGAUCUACUUCUCUGAUGGAAGUCUAGGGAAGAUAGAGAGGUGUGAUUACGACGGCUUACACAGA